AAGGCAAAAACUUACUGGGCCGGACAAGUUUUCUCGGCAAAGCAAGGUUUUUCUCACACCGACCUUGGAUGGUAGUACUCCUAGCAAAGGAGGAGCAAGGAAUCCAAAGUCCAAACGGCCCCGAACGUCUGCUCGGAAGUCUCACGAGUUCCUCUCCCCGUUUGCAAUUGCAACUCCUUGUUGCCAGCAAAACUUCCGGUACUUCUCGCCCCCUCGGCGAGCAGAGAGAGGGGCUCCAGACUCCAGAGGCUUCCGAUCGCCGUCCCUGUCUGCUUCAGUGCUUCUUGCGGGCUCCCCCUCCCCCCUCGCGGCGGCGGCGCGAGUCCAGUCAACACCUCCCAGGUCCCCAGCCUCACACCACCUCCCAAACCCCCCAAACCCCACUUCCACCGAAGCAAACCACAUCAGCGCUUCGGUCCUCUUCGUUGGAGUGGAGAUCCAUACGGGCGUGGGUUGAUUUCGUCUUCUGGUGGCUGGAGAGUUUGCUGCUGGCAGAGGCCAGCAGUGUUGUGAAUCAGAGGUUCUGUUGAAGAAACUGUCGCUAUAGCCACUUGAUUACAGAAAAAUGUCUGAGUUUCUGGACCUUGAGACCCAGGAUGGGAUAAGAAUGACAUGGAAUGUUAUACCAGGCACAAAGCAGGAUGCCACUAACUGUGUUGUUCCUGUUUCUGCCAUUUAUACUCCUCUAAAGCCAAACCCUUCCAUUCCUGUCCUUCCUUAUGCCCCUCUCCGUUGCCGCAUGUGCCGUUCGAUUCUCAACCCUUUCUCAGUUGUUGAUUUUGUUGCGAAGAUUUGGGUCUGUCCGUUCUGCUUUCAGCGCAACCAUUUCCCCCAACAUUACAACUCCAUUUCAGAAAACAACCUUCCUGCUGAGCUGUUUCCUCAAUAUACCACCGUUGAGUAUGCAUCCACUUCUGAAACGGGUCCUGUGGCACCUCCAGUCUUCCUCUUUGUUGUUGAUACAUGUAUGAUUGAGGAGGAGAUUGGCUAUUUGAAGUCUGCUUUAGCACAAGCAAUUGAACUAUUGCCAGAUCAGUCCCUUGUUGGAUUUAUUACUUUCGGGACAUAUGUUCAGGUGCAUGAAUUGGGUUUUGGCUUGUUGCCAAAGUCAUAUGUGUUUAAAGGGACAAAAGAAGUUACAAAGGAGCAAAUUUUGGACCAAAUGAGUUUCUUUGCUGGGAAAACUAAACCCACAUCAGGUGUGAUCGCAGGCGCAAGGGAUGGCCUCUCAGCAGAGAGUAUUGCUAGGUUCCUGUUGCCUGCUUCUGAGUGCGAGUUUGUGUUGAAUUCAGUAAUAGAAGAACUGCAAAAGGACCCUUGGCCUGUUCCAGCUGAUAAACGUUCAUCAAGGUGUACUGGAGUUGCAUUAAGUGUUGCUGCUAGUCUCUUGGGGGUUUGUGUUCCUGGAUCAGGUGCUAGAAUUAUGGCAUUUGUAGGUGGUCCAUCUACAGAGGGACCUGGUUCUAUCGUAUCCAAGUCCCUAUCAGAACCAAUUCGCUCGCACAAAGACCUCGAUAAAGGUUCAGCUCCACUUUAUAACAAAGCUGUUAAAUUCUACGAGGAUAUCUCUAAGCAGCUUGUGAAUCAAGGCCAUGUACUUGAUUUAUUUGCUUGUGCGCUUGACCAGGUUGGUGUUGCUGAGAUGAAGGUUGCUGUGGAGAGAACUGGUGGAAUAGUUGUUCUUGCGGAAAGUUUUGGUCAUUCUGUUUUUAAAGACUCACUUCGACGCAUCUUUCAGUCAAGUGACAAUGAUCUUGAUUUAUCAUUCAAUGGUAUCUUUGAGAUUAACUGCUCAAAGGAUGUCAAAAUCCAAGGAAUUAUUGGACCUUGUACUUCCCUGGAGAAGAAAAGCCCUCUAUCGUCAGAUACAGUUGUAGGUCAGGGAAACACGAACGCAUGGAAGAUGUGUGGUCUAGACAGGAAAACAUCACUCUGUUUAGUAUUUGAUAUUGCAAAGAAGGAUGGACCAGAUUCGGUUGGUGUUGGUCAAUCAGCAAGCAAUCAGUUCUACUUCCAAUUCUUAACCUAUUACCAGCAUCAUGAGGGGCAGAUGAGAUUACGAGCCACUACACUUUCUAGAAGAUGGGUUGCUGGUUCUGGUGGUGUGCAGGAACUAAUAGAUGGCUUUGAUCAAGAGGCAGCUGCUGCAGUCAUGGCACGCUUGGUCUCGUUUAAGAUGGAAGCUGAGGCUGAUUUUGACCCGAUAAGAUGGCUUGAUCGAGCAUUGAUUAGUUUAUGUUCGAAAUUUGGAGACUAUCACAAAGAAACACCCUCAUCCUUCAGUUUAUCCCCUCGUCUGUCCAUAUUUCCCCAGUUCAUCUUUAAUUUGAGACGAUCUCAAUUUGUUCAGGUUUUUAACAACAGUCCAGAUGAAACUGCAUAUUUCACAAUGAUGUUAAACAGAGAGAAUGUAUCAAAUGCAGUUGUGAUGAUCCAGCCAUCACUUAUAUCUUAUUCAUUCCAAUCGGGUCCAGAGCCAGUUCUGUUGGAUGUAACUGCAAUUGCAGCUGAUAGGAUCCUUUUGUUGGAUUCUUAUUUUACUGUUGUCAUAUUCCAUGGGAUAACGAUUGCACAGUGGCGAAAGGCUGGUUACCAAUAUCAAGAAGGCCAUGAGUCAUUUGCCCAGUUGUUGCAAGCUCCACAGGAGGAAGCUGAUGCAAUAAUCAAGGAACGCUUUCCUGUGCCUCGAUUGGUCGUGUGCGAUCAAUAUGGUUCUCAGGCUCGAUUUUUGCUGGCAAAGCUUAAUCCAUCGGUCUCGUAUGACAAUCCUCCAGCACCAGGAGGGGAUGUCAUAUUCACAGAUGAUGUGAGCUUCCAGGUCUUCAUGGAUCAUCUCCAGCGCUUGGCCGUUAAUUAGAUUAUUAUAUGAUGAUUACAUUAUGCACUGCAAUUUUGCACAGCGUGGGAGUAAUUUUAUCGUGUAGCCAAUUGUUGCUCUGCAUCUGUACAUCGUCUUGGUCACUGACAGAUUUCUGAUCCAAGAGCAACUAUUAUAUACCAUGUAAAUAGGGUGUCGUUUCUCGUUGCUAAAAUACGAAAAUUUCAAAGCAAGGCCGGCUUGUUCAGUCCAUAGUGAGUGCGAUUGACCUACAAUGACAAAAAUGCAGGCUUGGCUUGUCCGUUCUAAACUAUUGUAACUUGUAACGGCUGGUUACUCUUGUUCUAGAGUAACCGAGUCAAUUGUAGCGAGCGUCGGAGUUUCACAUCUCCGUUAUUUUUAUAGUGCAAAUCUGAGCAUAGCGAAUCCAUGAUCAAGGAAUAUUUUGGUUC